GCACCGAGUCUCUGAAGGUCUCCGCCUUAACGCUGUAAAACCUGCGUUAAAAUCUGUUUGUCUAUGAGAAGAGAGGCUGCAGGAAGGAAGCGACGCAGCGCAGCAGACAGACCCUCAGCAGGGCCUGCCAACCGUCUAUCUCUGGGUCCUAAACCGGCCGGUGACACGUUAGGACACGGACACAGCUUUAGGUGUUCACUGUUUAUAUGUCGGAAUGCGGUGGAUGUUAAUGACGCGUUAAAAUAACAGCUGAAAAUGACACCCGGAAAGCCCAAGCCGCGCUCCGUCUUCCCCAAAGAACGACACGCAAAACUUCAUUACAAAACCCUCAGUUUUAGAUUCCCGUGCUGACCUGCAGAAACUAAAACCAUUUCGGAUGCGAACUAAACCUUGUUUGGAUUUUUUGAAGUCUUCUGCUGAAUUCGACGUAUAAGCAAUUUACCAAAGCUUGCUGCUUAAUUAAAAGUACUAUUUUAUACUGCGAGUAAAUUGUCGCUUCCCACUUAAGUGUAUUCUGACGUUAAGGUGACAACAUGCAAACCAGAAAUUACAGAUGACCUUUUAACUGUAGUAAACGCUGGUCUGCAUAUUACAUGCACGCCGAAUUAAUGACUGGCACGCAGUGAUGUGCAGCAGCUGUUAAGACUUACUAAGUGACGAAAGCAUACUUUUAAAAAAAGCAAUGUCACAAAAAAAGGUUGCUUUUGGAUGGAAGUUCGGAGCAAGCAGCAUGUGUUGACUCUGCCAACAAAGACUCUCUCUAAUAAGCAGCAGGAGCAGGCAGCCUGUCUGCCAGACUGAUCCAUUGCACUAGGCCAGGCCUGGGAGUCUCCUCUACAGAUGCAGGGGAUUGUGGAGGUGAAUGUGAAACGGCUCCAGGAUGCUGCUGUCCUCAUCCCUGCUAACCUGCUGUUCACCAGGGGGUAUCUGAUUUACCAAACAUGAUGAAGACUGAGCCCCCAUCAGUAACAGGGGGCAACGGGGCCUCAGGUGGGAGCUCGAACCUGCGGAGUCCCUCGCCCCAUCGCAAUGCCUACGAGGCAGGGCUGGCAGCGCUGAAGAAGGCCACCGACCACCUCAACAAUGCCGCCAACAGAGGCUCCGACCCCACCUCAAAGCCUGCUCUCAUGCCCCGCCCGUCCGGGAUGGACCGGAGAUAUGGAUCAAAUGUCCACCGCAUCAAAAACAUGUUCAUGCAGAUGCAGUCUCCUGGUGAUGAGGAGGAUGGAGCCAAAACCAUUGGUAAAGAGCAGGAGGUAAAACUGUCCUUACCGAAGGCGUGCAGCCUCGGCGAGGACGUCGAUAACAGUGCCCUGCUCAAACUCGGGGGCACAGUCUCAGAGAGGGUCAACCAGUUUGACUCUAAAACAGGCGGGGAGCGUGGGAGGUCCUCUGUAGGUUUAUCCAAACUGCAGGAAACCAGGAGAAUCUUCGAGCAGCGAACUUUACAGGAGAAGCAAGCAGCCACCAACCGGAUCUUGCUGAAGAAGGAGCGAGCAUCAGGCUUCCAGGGCAGCCGUCUAGAUGUUGUUGCUCGCUUUAAUGGGUCCACUGAGGCUCUGGACCGGCUGGACGACUCCCCUGCUCCUGUUCCCACUUCUAUUCCUGUUGCUGCUGCAGUGUCAGUCAGGCCUGGUGAGGCUGUCAGCCCCACUGUGAGCCAGCUCAGCGCCGUGUUUGAAAAGGGCGAAAUUCAAAACAAUCUCUACCUCCCGCAACGUCGGUCAGCCCCUGCUCUAGCGCCAAAGCCAAAACUGCCAGCCAGACCAGAGCCUGUCGCGAGGAAGGCAAAGAUGUUCCCUCCAAGUAAUGAGGACCAUGACAAGGUGCCAGCCAGAGCUGUGAAAACCCAGGCAGCAGAGCUACCAGAAGUGAUAGGUUCCUCACAGAGGAGCAUAGGACAAGUGGGGGGCAGUGAGGACAGCGAGGGAUUCAAACAGUCAGGAGACCAGCUUUCCAACUCCUCAUCAUCCUCAGUGACUCUUACCUCCUCCUCUUCCCCUUCGAAUGCCAAACCUGAGUCAGAGACUUGGCAAGCCAUGAAUGAAGCCAGGGGCUCAAGUAUGGUGGAUACCUCACAGCAGGAACCACGGGCUGAUGAGCAGGACAGCUCCAUUGGGGGUUCAGAGCCUGGAGCCAGACUAGUGCAGGCUGAGGUUCAUGCCUCACUGGAAAAUGGGGAACCUCCAGCAUUCUCUCCCUCCUCAGAUGAGAAAGGCACAGACUCUGAGAAAAGGGGUGAGGAAGAGGAGGAGGACGAUGAGGAUGGCUCAAGAAAGGGGGAUUACUCUGAGGGGGAUCUGGUGGAUAUCAGUGCGUACAGUGGGCUUGGAGAGGAGGAUUCGGGGGGGAGCCAACUGGAUGAUGAGGAGUAUGAGGAAGAUGAGGGGGCAUAUCAGCCGGAGACCAGUUGCUCCGAAAUUGCAGGCCUUCCUGAAGAAGAGGAGCCUGUGCCACCCAGUAGGAAGAUUCAAUUCAGCACUGAGCCAAUCAAGGUCUUCACCACCUACUCUAAUGAAGACUACGAUCGACGUAACGAGGACGUUGACCCCAUGGCAGCUUCGGCCGAGUAUGAACUGGAGAAGAGAGUGGAGAAACUGGACCUAUUCCCUGUUGAGCUGGAGAAAGACAGUAAUGGUCUGGGUAUCAGCAUUAUAGGUAUGGGUGCAGGAGCUGAUAUGGGCCUGGAGAAACUCGGCAUCUUUGUUAAGACGGUCACUGAGGGUGGAGCUGCGCAGAGAGACGGCAGGAUCCAGGUGAAUGAUCUCAUAGUGGAGGUUGAUGGGACCAGCCUGGUCGGGGUCACUCAGAGCUUUGCUGCCUCUGUCCUACGCAAUACCACUGGUACCGUCAGGUUUGUGAUUGGCCGGGAGAAGCCAGGGGAACAGAGUGAAGUGGCUCAGCUGAUCCAGCAGACUCUGGAACAGGAGAGAUGGCAGAGAGAGAUGAUGGAGCAGAGAUACAAACAGUACAUGGAUGAUGAUGAAGAGACAGGUGAAUAUGCAACAGAUGAGGAAGAGGAGAUGAGUCCAAUGUUUCCAAACUCCAUUGAGGUUUUUGACCUUGCAGAGAACCAGGACACGUUGUCCCCUGUGGAGCUGGACCCCGAGAAGCUGGCCCACAAAUUCAAGGAGCUCCAGAUUAAACAUGCAGUAACCCAGGCAGAGAUCCAGCUAUUAAAGAGAAAGCUUGCUCAUGCUGAGCAGGAUAAGUUGCGUUGGCGGAUGGAGCGCGCUCAACUGGAGCAAAGCAUCCGGGACAGCAAAGAGAGAAUGGAGAAACUGGAGGGCUACUGGAUGGAGGCACAGUCCUUAUGUAAGGCAGUGGAUGAGCACCUGAAGGAAACCCAGGCUCAGUACCAAACCCUAGAGAGGAAAUACAGCAAAGCCAAGAGAUUGAUUAAAGAGUACCAGCAGAAGGAGAUCGAGUAUCUGAAGAAGGAGACAGCUCAGCGUCAAGCACAAGAAGAGAGCGAAGCAACACACAAAGAAGAGACAGACAACCUCCAGGAAAAGAUUACAGACUUGGAGACCAAAGUGGAUGCCCUGAAGACCCCCCAAAUCUCCUAGAGUGCUGCUACUUGCUACCUCCUGUCUGCAACUGGAAGAGGAGGGGCUCUGCCUUCAUUCUGACUGGGGCUGUGUUUUAUUCCAAUCAACCAUUUACUGCGCAGACAGGUAAUGGGAGGGAAACAAAGGGAUGAUGGUUGCAAACAGUGGAAGAGGGGGCAGGAUACAAAGAUGAAAGAAGCAACCUGUCAUCUGACAUCUUCCAGCAGCUUAGAUCUCUGUCAGGUCAAUAACCAAUCCCAGAAUGCACUUCUUGUGAUACCCAGAAUCCUCCUUGUGUGUCUUCCUGGCAACCAGCUUUGCAAUCAACAUGGAAACCACAUUCAACGAUGUGUACUUUAUUAUGGAUGAUCCAUUUUCGCUUGUCCUCUCCUCAUUAACAGUAUAUUACCAGGAUUCUAUUAUGGAAUCAGAUUUCUUUCUAAAACAAAAAGCGCUUUUAAUAAACAAGCUCGUCACAAAGUGCUUUAUAGCAUGACCGAGGGCAUAGACUCAGAGCAAAACAGGAAAAGACAAAGGUCAUUUAUUUGUUGUUCUUCUCACUUUGAACUAAAUGGUUGCUGAACCACUUUUUGGAACUGGACUGGAUUCUUCUGAAGAGGACAAGUGUGUUUUCUGUUAUAUGGCACUGAUUAUUUGAAUCAAAACUACAAGUAGAAGUGGCCACCUCAGACUUGACACGAUUUCUGAAGCGGAACCUCGAUAGUAAUGACAAAACCUGACAAAAACUAAAACUGAAAGGAAAUAGCCACCACUCUAUGAAAACUAUGGAACAAAAAUGGCCAACAAAAACUUAUGAUCAGUGGCAAAAACUCCCAUACCCAGCCUAGCUCUCUGCAAACUUUCUGCAAGCAAUGAAAAGAAUGGGGCAUAAGCACGCUUUUCAGGUGGCAUACUGUUUGUAUAUAUACUAUACAUGUAUUUAAAUGGCUUCAGCCGUUAAGUGGGUCUGAUGGGGGUGAGUAAGGCAGUGCAAUGAGUGAAUGAUAACGUCAUGCAUUGGAGGGGGGGAAGCUCAGUGUCCACAUUCAGUCUGUUUCAUCUCUUUCGUAUCAGCAUCAAUGGCAAACAGGGUGUGAAUAGUCUAAUACGUUCUUUUAGAUCUGCUAAUGGUAUAUAUUUGUUGGUGUUUACUACAGUAUCUGAGUUUACAUGCACACCAGUGUCCUGUUAUUCAGGGUAGUCAUGUACAUUAUUCUUCUUUUGGUGCAGGAAAACAUUGCUUUCUGUUUUCACAAAUUUGUUCUACCCAGGAUCACAGAAAAACAAAGAAAGCACCCUGUAAUAUGCUAGUUUGAAUAUACUAGUAUUCUGAGGCUGCUUAGUGUACAGCUUCCUUUUGCAUUCUCCAGAGAGGAACUUUGUCAUCUCAGUUAUUUAAACAUUUCUUGCCCGUAGAACUACUAAAAAUGAUCUCUCCGGUUGAAUUAACCUACAGUCAGUGGGUGGAGCCAAAGAGCCAAAAAAAUACCAGACAGUUAUGAAUUAUAAAAGAAAAUAUUAAUAUUAGAGAGUUUGAAUAAUAUUGUAUUGGACAAUAUUUCUCUUUUUUACAUAAAUAAACUUAAGGAUGCUUAACACAGUUUGGUUAUUAAAGAAGUUUGAAGAAUUAGUGUGUCUAUUAGAACCCGACCGACAAAAUUGGCAGGUUGACAUGGAAGCAAAAAAGGUAAUAAUAAUCUACAUUUUAUAAAUAACUACAUACCGACUUUGAAAUUUAACAGCUACUGAAUGACUAAUGUCAAAUUUUAAAUGCCACUGAAUUUAAAGCAGUUACAUAUUUUGAAAAUGACCAAUUUGAAUGUAUUCUGUCAGGCUGGCCUUAUUAUCUUGGGCAGCCUCAACAUUCAAGUUUGAAAUUUUGAAAUAAAUUUUGGUGUUUGCAUGUAAUCAGUUAAAUUUAAAACAACUUGAUUUUUUUGACCUGAUGUGAAUUUUUUAAUCUGACUGGAGUUGUGUGAAAAUUGAAUGCUUGAAAUUUCUAUUUGAAUUUAUGAACUUUCAGAUUGGGGAAUUCAAACCACAUACCACACAGGUUUCAGAGUAAAAUAUUUCACUGCUGUAAAUUUAGUGGUAUUGCAAUUUCAACAUUACACGUUAAAAAGUUGUCGGCUGUUAAAACGGACUUUUUCUAUACUUAUAAACUUCUAAUCAUUAUGGCCUCUCUUUGAUUUCAUAACAGUUAUAUUAAGUUAGCUAACUUAGCUAGUUAGCCUUUACGUUCAGACUGGACAUAGCCUACUUGCUUAUAGCUAGCUACUGGCUUCCCCGAGACAAAAAAAAUACAAUCAUUUUGAAUGAAAGAAUUAAAGUCUUUGUCAGUUACAUUUAUUAUUGAUAUUUCAAUCAGUAUUUGCCUUUUCUCAUUAGCUAGUGAAGCCUAUUUUAUGCUGACAUUCCAGGAUAAUUUUGCAUGAGAAGUGUUUCUUUCACAAGAAUAUCAGCUGCAGUGUUAUUCAGAAAACCGUGUGCAUGUAAAAACACUCCUCUUGCAUUAGGAGAAGAAUAGAUGAUCCCAGUUCCAGUAUUAAGACUUUAGACACUGAACCUUAGUCAGUAAUACAUGCCUGACAUGGCCAAAUAUUGGUUAAAUACAGGAGUAAUGUUAUGUUCAUUUAAGGUCAGAUACUUUUCAAGAAACCAGGCACCACUGGAGGCGAAUUAGGUCCAUUCAAAUAAAUAUUUUGCUCAGAUAUAUCAGUCUGAUAAGUUGCAAGCUUUAAACUACUAAGCAGAAAGAAAACUGUUACAAGUUUGAGCUUUGAAUUUGAACUCUGAUUGUCCUUAGGAGUUUCCAAUUUGACUUGCAUGGAAUUGCCCUAAUUUGUCAGUGGAGAUUGUAAUUUUUUGCAGUGUAUCUAUUUCCUUCAAAGAGAAAGGACAAAUUGACUUAGGGUGUGAAUUUGUCACACUGUGGUUACAGGACAGUCGGUAUAUCCAAAUGAAUCAUUGUGAUUUGACUUUUCUCAAGCGACUAAUGAUGGCUGUUUGAUGUUCAUAGUUAGACAUGGAUAGCAAAAUGGUGCUCAGUAAGACGAUGUUUAACACAAGUUCUUGUACAAAGUUGUGAACAUGGCCAGUUGUGUAUUUUGCUGCUCUAGUGUUAUUCACCACUGUUAUUAUUAUGAUUUCAUGUAAUGAAAAUUAAUUGAGACAAUGAAGCUUGCUGGCAAGCUCUAAUCAGAUUGCAGUAAUUGGAAAUGCUGAAUUAAAAAAUAAAUUAGGCUGCUUGUUUUUUAAUCAGUAAUGAAUACAGUAGUUUUGUUUUUUUUGAGAGUUUGUCCCCCUGUUGUAAGGUAGAGAGACUAAGGACAGUCAGGUGAAGGUUAAAGAUCAGGUUUCACAAAAACAAUGUGUUAAGCACUGCAUGUUAUGUCUUUUAGCCAUGCUAGCAGCGUGAUUCUAUAGAUGGCAAUGUCAGCCUCUUGGUCAGUCUGCCACUUUGAUACAGACUGUCAUCAUUCCUGAUGCCCAGAGGAUGAAGAACUGUAACUUCGAUGAUCUCUAGACUCUCAUUAAGUGCCAUGGGCAGAUAAAUCUAAUAUGUCCAAUACUUUGGUUUAUGAGCAUUCCUGUAGACCACAACUCUAUUAUUCCUAAUUAGGUGAUAUAGGCAUGCUAAUGGCAGACAUGAUAAAUUUUAAACCUGCUAACCAUCAUCAUGAACACUGUCACUGUGGGCAUAGUUGCAUGCUAACAUUAGCGAUUAGCUCAAAGCACUACUGUGCCUAAGUUCAGUAUAUAGCCACUUAUAUGGCUGUAGUAUAUAGCUGCUUGCAUGGCUGUAGAGUCUAGUUUUGUUAAAUCUAUAAACAGUUGAAAAUACUUAGUUUAGUAUUUUUACAGAAAAUAAAUCAUAAAUCACAGUUAUGGGGAUAAAGCAGUUCUGCUUGUUAUUAAAAUUCUGAUAAAAUGUUCAGUCUCCUAGUUUACAAAGGUAGUCCUGUAACAUGUUGAGGUAUUUAUUUUCCAGACUUGUUUUGCGUUAACCAAUCUGUCUCUGCCUUCGGCCUCAGUCUGGCAGAAUGCUUCACACCCACUCUAAUGGCAAGUCCCCUAAAGUGUUGGCGCUAAACCAUCUGAAUGUCUCUCACUGACCUAGAGGAAAUAGUCUGUAUUAGAAGUAUAUCUACAGAGAUGUUCAGUGACUCAUGGGAGUAAAGUUGUGUACUGCUCAAUUCACAGGAAUAUGUAAACAAAUGAUGUGCCAUUUUUCUGUUUGCGGUUAAUGGGGGGAACGACUCUUAACUCACAGUAUAAGGUUCAUGUUUUCAUGUAAGACUGCAUUAAAAAAACACAAAGUAUUUGUUUUACAGUAUUUUACAUUGUAGUCCUGUUGAAUGGGAACAAGAGAGCAUUUUUAAAGGAAUCAAAAUCAGCCAUAAGCAACUUGAGUACUUUUGUUAUUUUUAUGUCUGUGUUAAACCAAUGUGACAUGUACAGUUGCUGUUGUAUAAUCAAAUCAAGUUCUGGUCACUUUGGUUUUAAAAUCUAAACAAGUUUUCACUUUGCCUUGUUAUGAUGACUUUUUCAUAUUAGUUAACCUGCUGCUUUAGCCUUUACUAAGCAUUGACGUGUGCUAGUUGUUGCUGAUGUCACAGUUGUUACCCCAUCAUGUCUGCCCGUUGCUCAUACUUGCAUUAAAAAAAAAAAAAGGGUUGCCAGCAUUUAAGAAGUGCUCGCCAGUGAUGUUGGAAGAUCAACAGAUUGUAGCACUCCAGCGUUGUUUAAGUAUUGAUACAGGUUGUAGUCAGUUAGAUGCCUUUCUCAAUGACACCUUCCCAGUGUUUUGCUAUUGCUUCUCAUAUUUUAAUUAUUUAUUAAACUCAGCUGUUUCCUCUGCUUUCUGGGAGCUGUCCUUUAAAACCACUAUCCCACUGGUGGCCUCUGAGCAGCUCUGCUGUAGCAGGUGAUAGGUUUUAGUGCCUUGUUUAAGGGUUAAGGAUCAGGUUGUAGAGUGUCCAAGUGUAUGUGUUCCACCGCCAGCACCCUAAUAUCUCGGCUUCCCAGUUGCCUUGGGUGAUGAGCCUCCUGAUCUGAAUUGCAUUUCAGUGUGACCCAGUUAUAUCUGCUUACAAGUCCAGUUCCUUUUGACCUUGUUGAUGCGAUGACCAUAUUUGAUGCUCAGGGUGGUAAACUAACUGGACAACUUGCAUAUUUUGUCCUGUAACCAAACUUUAAAAAAAUCUUCACAGCCAGAGCCAAUAAAACGAGUAGAAACAGGUUUCUGUUAUGUACCACAGAGUAUAGUCUCGUAUAUAGUCUCGUGAUUGCUUUACACAGUAACUUUUAAGAAUCUGGAAACAUUGGGGAAGUUUAAAAAUGUAAAAAUAAUCAUUACAGAAAAUGUGGUAGUUUUUCUUUUGUUGGAAUUUUUGUUUUUAAUGCUCCAAAGCUUAAAGUCCUUGACAUUUUGGAGUAACUUCAGUCCUUUUAUAAUAUUAGCUGUUGGCUUGACUUCUUCAGAUACACAGAUAAAAUUAGAAUUAGGUGUCAUGUGGUAUGCUAGCUAGAAGAAUAACCAUGGACAGAGCAGUACCAAAUGGUGUGAGCAAGACAGUCUGACAACGAAUAAGCCGACCUUUGAGUGUGUCUCAGGUCUGAAACAGAUUUCCUUCUCUGCCUGGUUCAGUUCUUCAGUUGAUGCCACCAUGUUUGAACAGUACCUAUCUGUCAGCAUUAAUAAACAAAACUAUGUUGAACAACAAACAA